AUGGAACGAGAUUUUAGGAAUGCUGAUUCUGAAAGAGGAAUGGAUAGAUUUUCUGGUGAUUUGAUUUUUGACACUGAGGUAGAGAAGACCGCACGUAGAACGAGAAAGAAAACCAGACAGCUCAGAGAGGAGCACUCCAGUGCUACAUCUCAGAGACCUGAGUCAGGAGUUGAACCAACAGAUUCAUUUGGUGACACUUCGAGUGAGGAGUCGUAUAAGCAUCUGCAGGAGUUUGAUGUCGUGUGCAACAGUAUGAAGCCCCUGGAUAUUACAGAAGAGCAGAUAAAAAUAAGGGCAUUUCCCUUUUCCUUGAAGGACUCUGCAAAGGACUGGUUAUACUACCUACCACCAGGUAGCAUUACCACGUGGGACCAAUUGAAGAAAAAAGACAGAAGUAUAAUUGAUGCUGCAAGUGGAGGGGCACUGGUGAACAAAACCCCUCAGGAAGCACGGGAGUUAAUAGAGGGGAUGGCAGAGAAUUCACAACAAUUCAGUUCGAGAGAGGACAUCCCAAUACGUAAGGUGAAUGAGGUAGAGACAUCCUCUAUGCAGCAGCAGCUAACUGAGUUGACCUCGUUUGUUAGGCAACUGGCUGUAGGGAAUGCAUCUCAGGCCAGGGUGUGCGGGAUUUGCACUGGUAUGGGUCACUCUGCAGACAUGUGCCCAAUGCUUCAGGAAGAAACUGCAGAACAGGAUAUAAGGAAUCAGAUAAGUCAAAUGGCCACAACAAUCAACCGUUUGGAGUCCCAAGUAAAUGGAAGAUUGCCAUCCCAACCUGAACUGAACCUGAAGAACGUAAGCGCAAUGACUUUAAGGAGCGGGAAGGAAAUUCAGGGGCCUGAACCUAUGAUCCCUAAGGAUAAGGAUGAGGAAAAGAUCGAAAAUGAACUUGAGAGGGAGGACAGCAAUGGUGCAGAUCUAAAGGUACUUCCAGACCCAAUAAUUACAGUUAAAACUAAUCCCCCUCCAUUUCCUUGCAGGUUGGAAAAAUCGAAGAAGCAGGACAAGGAGAAAGAGAUCCUGGAGGUGUUUCGCAAGGUAGAGAUCAAUAUCCCCCUACUAGACGCCAUCAAGCAAGUGCCGAAGUAUGCAAAAUUUCUGAGGGACCUAUGUGUCAAUCGAAGGAGGCUGAGGGGAGAUGAAAGAGUUAUUGUUGGGGAGAAUGUGUCAGCAGUUCUCCAAAGAAAGCUACCACCAAAGUGUGGGGAUCCAGGUAGGUUUACUGUCCCAUGCAAGAUAGGUAAUACUCUGAUUAGAAAUACCUUGCUGGAUUUAGGAGCAUCGAUCAACGUAAUGCCAAAAUCUAUGUAUGCUUCUCUGAAUCUCGGUCCAUUAAAAGAAACCGAGAUAAUAAUUCAAUUAGCUGACCGAACAAAUGCAUACCCUGAUGGGUUGGUCGAGGAUGUGCUGGUUAAAGUUAAUGAAUUGAUAUUCCCGGCUGACUUUUAUGUACUUGACAUGGAUGAUGAUCAUUCCCCUGACCCCUCACCUUUGCUACUAGGUAGACCCUUUUUUAGCACAGCACAGACAAAAAUUGACGUUAAUAAGGAAUUUUCUGAGUUUGCUUGUAGGGAUAAAUUCAAACUUACUGAGAACAAGUAUAAGGGGAUGAAAGCACUGUAUGAGGUGAAAAGGAGUAGAAAAUUAAGAAAGAAGGCUGCACUCAAAGGCUAUUUGGAUCCUGGGGGAGGGCCACCGAUUUCCAGGAAAAUUGAGUUACACCCAGAUUGA